AUGGCAUCAACACAACAAACGGAUACCACACCGUCUAGCACCCAAGAUGAUGGUCUAAAAAUCAUCCAUGCGGGGUUAUACCGCACAGCCACGAAGUCUAUGACAGAGGCUUACCGCAUUUUGGGCUACAACGCCCAUCACGCUCUCGACAACGUCUUUGAAGUCCCUUGGUCCAGUCUCGAGAAAGCAGCUGAAGCGACAUGGCCUCACCUCGCACAACUCCCAGAAUACACCUACAAGAGCCCAGAUGGAAGUGCAGCACCUCGACCACCGUUCAACAGAAACGAUUGGCAGAGUAUCUGGGGCCAGUACGACGUCGCUACUGAUGUCGCAUCCACCUUUGUGCCGGAACUUAUCAAAGCGUAUCCUGAUGCCAAAGUCGUCGUUGUCCAGAGGAAGUUCGAGAGUUGGUGGCCAUCGUAUAAAUCGGAAUUGUUACAAACUCUCUACAGUACCACCGCUUUGCAACGCUUCAUUGCAUGGCAUAUCUUGCGCUUUCGUGCACCGCAAGCCAUGAUGAAAAUACAUGCAGGUUUCUUCGGUGCAAGCGAGUACUCGCUUGAAGCUGUCGAAUCAAGAGCGAGAGACGCAUACGAGGAGUAUUAUCGGAAAGUUCGCGAGGCUGUGCCUUUGGAGAGUGGAAGGCGGCUGGAUUACAAUCUCGGAGAUGGAUGGGAGCCGCUAUGUGAGUUCCUUGGGAAGGACGUUCCAGAUGUGCCAUUCCCAAGAGUGAAUGAUCGCGCUGAUCAUAGUGCAAUGGUAAAGAGGAAUAACCGUAAGAUGAUGAUGGAUGUGCUGAAAGUCAUUGGCCCUGUCGUUGCAGUUGCCGUUGGUGUUGCUUUCUACUACUGGAGGUAG